AUGACUGCCGAUACCACCGUCUUACACGGCCAUCUGCCGUCGGCACACGGAAACACAGCCUCGCCAACGCCGCGCAGCGGUGACGAGACGCUCGACAGUGCAUCCAUGCCCUCGAGCUCAUCACGGCAUCGAAGAGACAGAGACAGCCGUCGAGAGAAAGAUAAAGACGAUGCUUCCUCCCGGAGAGGACACUCGUCAAGGUCGUCUUCGUCUUCGUCGUUUCCAUACAGGGAUAUCAUCAAGUCUGUGCUGUCACACGUCAUGACCAAGGCCGAGACUCCAUCUUCACCUUCACAGAGCGACAUGAAGGACAAGCAGGUCGAGGAUGUCGUUAGAGGACUUGCCAUGGAAGAGUGGAAUUCACGGUGGUUGGAUGAGUUGGUGGCCAAAGUCAAGGGAGAACUCAAUGAUGGAGCAGACCACGGUGACGAUGCCUCAGUCUCAGAUGACAGCCACCACUCAUCACAAUCCCCAUCCGACGAGUCUUCAUCAAAAGAAUCCAUGAAGCGAUAUCAGCCCACAGUAGAAGACUACCCCGAAGACGAAGACGAACCCUCAGAUUUCGAGUACGGCUUCACCCCAACAGUCUCCAUCGACGACACCCAGCCUCUCACCCGCACUGAAUCCCAGCUCUCCAACUCCUCAGAAGACUCCUCCUCCUCUACCUCAUCCAAAGACUCCCUCCCCACCCCUCCAAGCUCCGUCUCAUCGGACUCUCCCACCCCGCGUCCAACCGUCCGCUUUGCAGAGAAGCAGCCGCCAGUCAUCCACUAUGAGGUCGUCACCGAGCCUCCUGAACCCGAACCUGAGCUGGAACCCGAGCCGGAGCUGCAUCGGACUCACUCUUUGCCUACGCACUUGAGGCCUCCUGCGCCUGAGAGACAGGGACCUGCAUGGUCGUUGCUGUUUAAUGAGAGGGAUGAGCCGACGCCUGCUUUGGGCCGGUUCCUCCGCGGCCUGGCAAACCACAUUAUUGCCGAGUACUCCCCAACAGACUCCCUCGUCAUCACCCCUGACAAGCUGUUAAAGUUUUACUCCCGCUACAAGCUCGACAACGAAUUCUUUCCCUUCCAACGUAACGUCUCCCCCUUUCUCAUCCCCCCAUCCUCACCUCAACCAACACAAACUAACUUCAACAACACAGGCGUCUUCGACACCCGCUACCACAAAUCCCUCCGCGGCAUCUCCUUCCUCUUCUCCGACCUCCGCUGCGAGCACCACCUCGUCCAACCAACCAUCGACUCCAAACCUUGCAUCCCGGCCCUCACCCCCGCCGGCUUCCAGGACUGGAUGACCCUCAUGGUCCGCGCCUUUCCCGACCGCGAGGCCAAACGGCUCGACCUCGUCCUCGCAGACAUCCCGCUCAUCGCAGACGACAGGCACCAGCGUCUUCCCGCCGCGGAGAGACUCUUGCCUCGUGAACUCCCUCGCGAACUGUUCCCUGAACGAGGCCAUCCUAGGGUCUUUGAUCUGCUUGCCUCGUCGUUUGCGGAGUGGAACACUAUUACUGCCGUCAUCGUGCCUCCUGAAGCCGUUGCUGCUUCUUCUUCUUCUUCUCAUCCACCGGUCCACACAUACUCCCCCAGCAUCCCCUCCUCCAUCCACCAACUCCCCCCCGCAGCAAGCAAGGCCCUCAAAGAAGACACCCGCCGCCACAAAGACGCCUCCUACAUCCUCGACCAGACCCGUCUCCGCCCAUCUUCACUAAUAUACCCAUCCUCCCCCGCCUCACCCACAUCCUCCUUCUCAACCGUCUCCUCCGCAGCGCCUGUGGACGUAAAGCCCGCGCACGAUCAACAAUCAACAUCCUCCUCUUCCUCCGGCUCCUCAUCAUCAUCCUCCAAGCACCGCUCCUCUCGUUCUCGCGAUAGAGAGUCCCGCCAUCGCACCUCAGAUAGGUCCUCUCGCCGGUCGGAGAGGGAGAGGUCCCCGCGCCGACAUCAUAAGAGUCGAAGAUAUAGGGCCUCGAGCCCGGACUCGACGGAGCAGCGGUAUGCUUCUGGUAGAGGCGAUGAGAGACGAAGGGAGAGGGAGAGAAGGGGAAGCAACUAA